AUGGUCAGUUCCGCGUCCAGCGCCAUCUUCGCGCUCUGCUCGCUCAUCGCCGCCCAGAGCGGCCUCGCUUCCGCCGCUGCGACCCCCGUGGACCUCGGUUCGUGCCUCACCAAGGCCGGCAUCGAGAACUCGGUGCCCAGGACCACGACCUGGACCAUGGACAUCCAGCCGUGGAACUCGCGCAUCAACCCCCAGCCGGCCGCCGUUGCGUUCCCCAAGACGGAGGCUCAGGUGUCGGCCGCACUCAAGUGCGCCGGCAGUGCCGGCGUCAAGGUGACGACUCUGGGCGGCAACCGCUCGUUCUCGAGCAUGGGCUUCGGCCGCAACAACGGCGCCCUCGUCAUGAACCUCAAGCACAUGAAGCACCUCAAGUACGACGCGUCUACCGGUCUGCUGUCGUACGGCGGUCCCGUCAUGAUUUCGGAGACUGCCAAGUACAUGUGGGGCUUCAAGCGCACGCUGCCCCACGGCCGCUGCCCCGACGUCGGUAUGACGGGCGUGGCUGCCUCGGGUUUCGGUACCCUCUCGCGUGCCGCUGGUACGGUGCUGGACAACAUUGAGGCCGUGCGUGUGGCUCUGGCCAACGGUUCCAUCGUGGACGCCAGCGCCAAGCAGAACUCGGACCUGUUCUGGGGCGUGCGUGGUGCCGCCAGCUCCAUGGGCGUGGUGCUCGACUUCAAGAUCAAGACCAUGGCGCCUCCGUCGCAGACCGUGACCAACUACACCAUCGCCUUCGACAAGAGCGCCAAGCCCACGCAGCAGGACAACGUCAACGCCUUCAUCGGCACGCAGAAGUGGGCCCUGAGCGCUGACAACAACGACCUGCUGUCCAUCCGCUUCAGCCUCAAGACCAAGUCGACGCUGCAGGGCUUCUUCUACGGCUCGUCCGCGCAGGCCAAGACCGUCUUCGCCUCGCUCAUGAAGAACCUGCCGCCCUCGAUGGUGCUCACGACGACCGAGGAGGACUUCUGGACGUCUGAGACGUACUCGACCCCCGGCCUCAUCGAGCAGACCAUGUCUCCGCGCCGCUACUUCUACAUCGCAUCGGUGACGAUCCCCAGCAACAAGCCGCUGACCAACGCCACGGCCUGGGACCUCUUCUCCAGCACGGCGUACGCCCCCGCGCUCCCGGACGCUUCGGCUUCGGGCUUUGUUGACAUCUGGGGCGGCAGGUACGCUAAGGGUGUUAAGGCGGACGCAUCGGCCUGGAAGCACGACGACCGCCUGCAUCUGAUCCGCUGGGACAUCCGCACCCCGUCCUUCGACGUCAAGUUCGCCGACAGCACCAUCACCACCAUGCGUAGCAAUUUCUACAAGUUCGUGAGCUCGUACAAGGCCUCGGGUGGCGUGCCCGGUGGCUUCACGACGUACCGUGACGAGCGCUGGACGAUCAAGGAGAUGGCCGAGUACCUGUACGGCGGUGGCAACUUCGCCAAGCUGCAGCAGAUCAAGACCAAGUACGACCCCAAGAUGAUGUUCAACACGGACCCGCAGGCCAUCCCCGCCCUGGCCUAG